CAAGGACAUGACCGACGUAUAUGUAAGUGAUCAUUGAGAGGACUCAUCGCCGCGCAUCGUGCAUCAUCUGGGUCUCCGUCGUCUCCGUCUUGUCCCCAUCACUGGCCCCAUCCGGCCCCAUCCCCAUCGUCAUCCACGUAGCACCCACUGAAAAGCCCUCCCCCCCCUCCUAUUUCUUAUCACCGGCUGACCUCGGACCACAGGAUGGCUACGGCGAGGGCCGCAUGGGCUCGCCACGGUCCCCAACCCGACCCCAGAGCAUGCGUCGCCGACACAGCAUGCAGGUGCUAGAGCUCGAGUCCCGCGUGGAGCAAUUGAUGGCGGACAAUCGCGCCCUCAUCGAGGCAAAAUCCCAGGCCGAGCAGAGCCUCAACCAACAGGCUGUCUCGGCCAUCACAGAGCGUGAUGCCGAAAUCGAAAGCCUCAAGGCCUCGCUCGAAUGGCUGCGCAAAGAAGUCUCGCGAUUGACCGAGGUCAACGACGGCCUCAACAGCGCCAACAACGUCCUCGCCCUCCAGCACAACGAGAAAUACGGCCGCCUGGAGCUGCAGCACGCAUCGGCGGCCCGAGAAUUGGAGGCGUAUCGCAACACCAAAGACCAAUACGCGAGGACGCUGCAGCAGAAGGACGCCGAGAUCCAGGGGCUCCGUGCCCAGCUCGAGACGACCAAAGAGCAGGUCAGAGAGCUUCAGCGUCAAAUCCUCGCCACGAAGCCCCCAGAUGCCGAGUUCCUGCGCAUCAAGGACGAGGACCACUUCGACCAUCGUUGCCAGCAGCUGUGUUCGCACGUUCAGCAGUGGGUCCUCCGCUUCUCCAAGUUCUCCGACAUGCGUGCGUGCCGCCUUACCAGCGAGAUCAAUGACGAGAAAAUUAUCGACCGACUGGACAAUUCCAUCUUGGACGGCUCCGAGGUGGACGAGUACCUCGGCGACCGAGUGCGGCGUCGUGACAUAUUCAUGUCGAUGACUAUGAACAUGAUUUGGGACUUUGUCUUCACCCGUUACCUCUUCGGCAUGGACCGGGAGCAGCGACAAAAGCUCAAGUCUCUAGAGAGGCUUCUAUUAGACGUCGGGCCGCCUCAGGCGGUACGCCAGUGGCGCGCCGUGACCCUCACGCUGCUCUCUAAGCGGCCGGCUUUCGGCGAUCAACGCAAUCAGGACACGGAAGCCGUCGUACAGGCCAUCCUCCGAACCUUGUCCAUGAUCCUCCCGCCCCCCUCCAACUUGGAGGCCCAAAUACAGUCGCAACUGCGCCGCGUGGUACGCGAGGCAGUCGAUCUCUCCAUCGAAAUGCGCACGCAGCGUGCCGAAUACAUGAUGCUCCCGCCGUUGCAGCCCGAGUACGACGCCAGCGGCGAGCUGGUGCGCACCGUCUCGUUCAACGCGUCCCUCAUGAACGAGCGCUCGGGCGGUCCGUUGUCGAACGAAGAGCACGAGGCCCAGAACGCCAUAGUUCGCACAGUCCUCUUCCCCCUCGUAGUGAAGAAGGGCGACGACAACGGCGUGGGCGACGAGGAAAUCGUCAUCUGCCCCGCCCAGGUGCUCGUGGCGAAGCCGCGGUACUCCACGAUCCGGAUGGUGACGCCGUCGUCGGACGGGGGCGGCAUGCCGCUGUCGAGGGGCACUACGCCGUCGAUCCAAGGAAGCCAGAGCAACGUCAGCGUGAGCAUGAAGGACGUUCCUCUACCCGCCCCAACCGGACCUCUCACCCCGCCGCGCGAUUCCCCGCGCGCCUCCCCACGCCACUCUCCCCGUCACGCGGCAUACCUGGGGGGUGGCAUCUAAGAAGGCGACGGCGUCUAUGCAGAACAAAUAUACACUACGCGGGCCAAUAUACGGUCCCAGUGAUGCAUGAAAGGAGGAAGCAAAAAAAAAAAAAGCAGAACCAGAUAGGAUGGAAAAGAAAGUAAAGUUAGGGAUGAUACUAAUAGCAUGAACACGGCAUUAUGAUGGCUAGGGGACGACGGGGUUCAUUGCGAUUUUCUUUUCUCGAUAGAGAUAAUGUUCUCUCUUUUUUUGGAUUUGGUACAAGGACGGGUUGCGGAAUCAGCGAUGAUACCCUUCUCGGCGUUUCUCUCGAGGAGAUCCUCUUUCCACUCCCAAGUCCCGUCUGCUGUUUACAUACUAACUUGCUUGCAUUCCGGAGAGGUUUUUCUUUUGGGCAUAAUGAGGAAGGGAGGCCGGAUGUGUGUCUGUGUUACCGGAAAACGAGAUUUACAGCGGUAUUAUAUCCUCUUAACGACCUUACGACCAAGUUAUUUUUUAUCUAUUUGGGAAAAAAGAUGGGAUGCUCGUUCUCUCUCCACUUUAUACCAAUUUCAGUUGUAUUUUUACACAUAUAUCAAGACAGAAAAGGACAGACAGGCAGGCAAUUCGAGACGACUUACGACUUCUUCCCAGUAUAUCGGCAAGGCUAUAUAUC